AUAAACGGUGCGCGCAUACAAAAUUACUUCCGCGACAAAAUGGCAUCCGAAUUUACUGAAAAAAGUGUCAAAGAGUUUUUAAUAGCCAAUGGAGGACGAGUCAAAAAUACAGACCUAGUCUCAUAUUUCAAAAGAUUUUUAAAUGAUCCUGCAAGGAAAGAUGAAAUGAGGGAAAAGUUUAAGAACUAUGUCAAUACAUUGGCAACUAUUAAAAUGGAUGAUAAUAAAGAGAAAAUAUUGAUGCUAAAGAAGAAAUACCGUGAAGAUUCAGGCGGAGGCAAGUGGGAUGCACGAGCCCAGUCCGAGCCUCCAUCUGCUCCCACAAUGCCAGAAGAUCGGACAGAUGGAGUUGCUGCCUCCAGAGUGAAGAGUGACGGUAAUCUAUCAGCCUCAGAUGUACGUCUCUCGUCAUCUACAUUGGCAUCUACAAACGAUACAGCAAGUCUGGGAUCUGGCCUUUCCUCAUCUUCUUCAAGAUCAUUGUCAUCUGUUGGGCAAGAAGAGGACAGUAAUGCCUCUGUGUUAAGUGUGAAGGAGAGAGCUAAACACUUGAACAGGAUCGAAUCCGAGUCAGAAAUACAGAAGGUUUCCUCAUCAAACCUCGGGGCUGUCCGGAAAAAAGACCAUAGAAAGGUGCGAGAUCCAGAUGGCGAUGAUUCAAGUUCAGACAGUUAUUCACCUCUUAGUGCCUUGGAGAAGGACUGGCUAGUGAAAUGUUCCGCCUCAGAAUAUCAUCUGAUGAAUGAAUUACUCUCCAAAAAUCCACACCUUGCCUCAGUUAAAGAAUUCACUUCGACUGCAUUACACUGGGCAGCAAAGAAAGGAAAACCUGAAGUAAUAAAAAUGUUGCUGAGUAAGCCAGGUGUUUAUGUAAACCAAAGAACAGUGAAAUUGACAUCUUCAUCACAUACAAGUAGAGACCAGAUAGAAUCACUGUCUCUAUUUAUGUAG